GAUGGGACUGCAGUUCACCUACCCCCUCCACGUUGCAGUUCAACAGAAGGAUCGCGAGAUGAUUUCCCUCCUGCUACGCUUUGGCGCCAAUCCGAACCGACGCGACUCCUGGGGCAAAACAGCUCUGGACUACGGCUCCGAUGAUGAGGAGGUGGUCCGUGCCUUUGCGAAGAG